AUGCGUGCUUCAAUCAUCAUUGUCCUGGUUGCUUUAGCUGCUAUCAUUGCUGCUGAUGCUCACAAGCUAUCAGGCAAUCAGGGAGGCCAGCAAGGCGGACAACAAGGUGGAUCCCAGGGUGGUCAACAAGGCGGCCAGCAAUUCGGUCCUCAGGGAGUUCCUGAGGCAGGUCCAUCGGCUCCUAACAACAACAGCAACUCUACUGAGGCGAACGACGCUGACAGCACCACAACCGAAGCCUCUAAAGAAUCAGAGAUCACCACAGUUUCUGAAUAA